AUGUACUUCAUCUCCCAGCUGCUGUACAAGCGCUACGGCGGCAACUUCCUCGUCCGCCUGCUCGGCCAGUGGCAGGAGAACGAGUGGAACGGCCAGAUGGCGCCGGUCGGCGGGCUCGCCUACUACAUCACGCCCCCGACCAGCCUCGCCGACGUCGCCGCCAACCCGCUGCAUGCGGUGGUGUACACCGCGUUCAUGCUGACCGCGUGCGCGCUGUUCUCCAAGACCUGGAUCGAGGUGUCCGGCAGCAGCGCGUCAGACGUGGCCAAGCAGCUCAAGGAGCAGCAGAUGUUCAUCCAGGGGCACAGGGACACGCAGUCGUCCCUCAAGAAGGAGCUCAACAGAUACAUCCCCGUCGCCGCCGCGUUUGGCGGCAUGUGCAUCGGCGCCCUGACCAUCGCGGCCGACCUGAUGGGCGCCAUCGGCAGCGGCACGGGGAUCCUGCUGGCUGUCACCAUCAUCUAUCAGUACUACGAGUCCUACGAGAAGGAGGUGGCCGCGCAGGGCGGCGGCUCUGUCUUCUAA